AUGUCCUCGAAAAUUUCAUUUUCUUUGGAAGAAAACACGGUUUUAGCUGAAUGUGUAAGUCAACAUCCAUGCUUGUUCGACUUAAAACACCCAGAAUAUAAAGACCUACAGGUGAGGGAAAAUGUUUGGAAGGAGAUAUCAUCUGUUUUAAAAACAAAAAGUGUUGAUGAUUGCAAAAAGCGUUGGCGUAACAUAAAAGAUACGUACAAUAGAAAAAAAAGAAGCAGAAAUUUGGGUACUGGAUCAGCUGCAAAAAAUAAGCCCACCAAGUGGCAGCUCGCUGAUAUUUUAUCUUUCCUUGACGUGGCAGCUUAUGAAAGACCGAGUGUGUCUAACAUAUUAUUAAAUGAAGAAGAUAUAGACGAAGACGAUCACACUGAUGCUGCUAACGAAACAGAAAUAUUUAAUGAUAAUAUGCUGAGUGAAAAAAACGUUGAGGAAAAUGAACCACAGCCAUCAUCUUUGAUGCUUGAACAUGAAACCACCAAACAAAAACUGACCGCUGAUUCAAAAACAAACAAAAAAGUGAAGCGAAGUGAUGCCUUAAUAGAAGUUUUAAACAAAAGAAGCCAAGAAAGGAACAAGUUGAUGGAAGAACUGACAAAAAUUGAAGACGACGAUCCUAUCGACGCCUUUUUUAAAAGUAUGGCGUUAACAGUAAAACAAUUUUCUCCAGACUUAAAAGUAAAAGCAAAAUUGGAUAUAUUACGUAUUGUUAGUGAACUAGAGCUAAAAAAUAAUCAUCAAAAAGAUAAUAUGCCAGCUUCUCAAGUUCCAACUCGGCCUUCUACAAGUUAUGAAUUUCCAAAAUCUGUGCAUCUUUGUCCUCCAGAAAACCGAUUUGAAAAUUCAUACCUCGGUAUAGGAGAUUAUUCCACAUCAACAUCAUUAGAUAGUGAAUAUACGGAUCUAUCCGGUGAUUAUUGGCCUCAAUCAUCAAAUAAUUGA